AUGUUGUCAGUACUCAAGGUCAUCUUCUUCAAGAUCUCAAUCAGCCUUGGUUGCAGCCGAAUCAACCUGGAGGAGGUUGCCCGGGCAAUCCACCAGAAAGGCGCAGCCCUAGACAACUGUUGGGGCUUUGUCGAUGGUACCAUAAGACCAAUCUGCCGGCCCGGAGAGAACCUACGUGUAGUGUACAAUGGUCAUAAAAGAGUUCACUGUUUGAAGUUUCAGUCUGUUGUGCCUCCCAAUGGUAUGAUCGCUAAUUUUUUUGGUCCGAUAGGUGAGUCGAUUGGCUUGAUUUCGUGAUCAAUGCCACGACCCACUUUCUGAUCAACAAUGCCAUCCUAUUCCAAAAAUACUUUCCGUACACGUAGGGAAGCAACAGCCAUAUUUUAUUUUAUUUCACUUUAUUUUAUUUGCAUUAGGGUUUUUUUAGUUUGAUAUUCAAGAAUAUGUGUAUCGUCAUGCUCAAUGCGGACCACUGAGGAAACGCAAAAGUAAAUUGAUUUUAUUUGAGAUAGAGAUUAUUGAAAAUGGAAUUCAAAACUUUGAUGAAAGUAGCUUUCUAUCUCCAGUUUUAAUUUUUUUAGCCACAACGAGUCAAAAAUCAUGCAUAGUAAGUCACAGUCAAUUUGGCUCAAUAAAAUGCGGGGUGAUCAACAAAUCGACCAUUUUUUUAGGGAUAGACCAUUAGAUAAGUGUUGGGGGGAUCUUAAGAGAUGCAACAUUUUUUUUUUUGUACAUGUAAGGUGGAAAUCUUUUUUUAAGUUAUUAUAAAAAACUUCUUGGCCUUGCUUGUUUUUUUCUGUAUGGUAUGUCGAUCUUGGCCAGAAACUAUAAGCCUCAAUCGAUUUGAGGUGGGUGUCUGAUCCAUACUUUGAUUUUGAGUGGUAGAUCCGUACUUAACUGUGAACUAUUUUGAUUUUUUACAGAAGGGAAAGACAUGAUGCAGCCAUGUUAAGGUUGUCAGGACUCUUGGACCAGCUGGAACAGCACUCUUUUGAUCAGGCAGGAAAUCCACUAUGUAUAUAUGGAGCUCCUGCCUACCCUUUGAGAGUCCAUCCCCAAGCUCCUUUCAGAACAGGACACCUCACAGAUCAAGAAGAUUUUAACUUAUCCAUGAGCAAAGUCAGGUCUUCCGUAGAAUGGGUUUUCGGUGAUAUCAAAUCUUGUUUUGCUUGUUUGGACUUUAAAAAGAACCUCAAAAUUGGCCGUUAG